ACUUAUCACCGACAGAAGGAAAAGGAUCAUCUGAGAGAGAGAUAGGAAGGAAGGAGUUGAGGAAUUUUGUGUUCUGAAUAUUGACCGACGGUGGCGACGGACACGGACUCCGACGGAGGAGAGACGCGCAACAGUCGUCUCCAGGUGUUCCUCUAGUCGCUGUUUUCGACUAUUGGAGGCGUUUUCGGGAAUAACCUUCAAGAGCGGGACGCAGACAUGGCUACGGGAGCUUAUUUGCCAAAUGAACUGCAAAGGGGUGAAAAUAAGCCGAAGAAUGUAGCAGCAGAAGGACGGAAUCGACGUGUUCUCCAGGAUAUUGGGAAUCUUGUGUAUGUUUCUAAGCGCAUCACAAGGCAAGAAGCAGACAAGAACAAGAAACCAAGCUUUGCAACAACAAAAAUAUUAGCAGCAGGGAAGACUGUUCACCCAGAAGAACGUGAAGUUAUUAUAAUUAGCUCUGAUGAAGAAAGUGAGGAAGGAAAGGAGAAGGAGAAGAAGAAGGAACCAGGUAAAGCAAGGAAUACAAGACAGCACUCAGCUAAGAAGAAUGUGAAGACCCUCAGUGCAAUCCUCUCUGCUCGAAGCAAGGCUGCUUGUGGACGUACUUACAAGCAAAAGGACCACGUGGUAGACGUUGAUGCAGCCGACAUUGACAAUGAAUUGGCAGCUGUUGAGUACAUUGACGAACUCUACAAGUUCUACAAAUUUGCAGAAGAUGAUAGCCGUGUGCAUGAUUACUUGGGAUCGCAGCCUGAUGUGAAUGCCAAGAUGAGAGCAAUCCUUGUGGACUGGUUGAUAGAAGUACAUCGUAAAUUUGAACUCAUGCCUGAAACUCUUCAUCUGACAAUAAACAUUGUGGAUCGCUUCCUUUCCAUGAAGGUUGUGUCCAGAAAGGAGCUUCAGCUGGUUGGCAUCAGCUCCAUGCUCUUAGCCUGCAAAUAUGAGGAGAUUUGGGCUCCAGAGGUGAAUGACUUUGUGUGCAUAUCAGACAACGCCUAUAAAAGAGAACAGAUUCUGGUGAUGGAGAAGACAAUCUUGAGGAAGCUGGAAUGGUAUUUAACUGUUCCUACACCAUAUGUCUUCCUUGUUCGUUAUAUCAAAGCCUCUUCUCCCACUGAUAAGGAGAUGGAGAACAUGGCGCAUUUCCUGGCAGAACUGAGCUUAAUUCACUAUGCCACAGUAAUGUUGUAUAGCCCUUCUGUUGUUGCUGCUUCUGCUGUGUAUGCUGCUCGGUGCACACUUGAUAGGAGCCCUUUCUGGACUGAGACUUUAAAACAUUACACAGGCUUUUCUGAGGACCAACUAAGGGAAUGUGCCAAGCUCAUGGUGAGCUUUCACUCACUGGCUGGUGAAAGCAAGUUGAAAGCAGUGUACAAAAAAUUCUGCAAUCCAGAUCGCUGUGCAGUUGCUCUUCUUCCCCCAGCAAGAAGCUUGUUAAUUCCACAUGAACAGAUUUGAUAUUUUAGCCUGGGAAAUUUCUGAGAAUAUGAUGGAUAUAGUAGUAAUAUGGUUUUUAUGUAGUACAACAUCAGUGUUGUUUAGGAGGAGGAUGAUGUCUGUAAUGAUCACUAGGUUUCUUGGUUUGGAUUUUGCUGUGUGAAAGAAACUUCAGUAUUUGGUUUCUGGAUAAUUAUUGCCAGAAUGAAGGAGAAACGUAUAUGCUUUUCUCCAUUGCAUUACGCUAAUGAAUUUCA